AUGACACUCACGCCAAUGGCUUCGGUGAUGGCGGUGACUGAACCAAAGUGGGUCUCAGUCUGGGGCCGCUUCCUGUGGGAGAUGCUGCUGAGCAUGGUGCUGGGCUCCCUGCUGGCCCUGCUGCUGCCGCUGGGGACGGUGGAAGAACACUGUCUGACUGUGCUCAAGGGCUUCUACCUGCUUAGGAGCAAGCUGGAGCGGGCGCAGCCCGCCAUCACCAAGUGCACCAGGCCGUCCACGGAGCUCAGUCUUACCUCCAGGGGUGCGGCGCCGCUGGGGGUCAAGACCAAGGCCUCUCCAGCCGGCAAGUUGGAGGCCAAAGCAGCUCUGAACCAGGCCCUGGAAAUGAAACGGUAGGGCAAGCGGCAGAAGGCCCACAAGCUCUUCCUGCACUCCCUCAAGAUGGACCCGGGCUUCGUGGACGCGCUCAACGAGUUCAGCAUCUUCUCGGAGGAGGACAAGGACAUCAUCCAGGCGGACUACCUGUACACCCGCGCGCUGACCAUCGCACCCCACCAUGAGAAGGCACUGGUCAACCGCGACCGCACGCUGCCGCUGGUGGAGGAGAUCGACCAGCGCUUCUUCAGCAUCAUUGACAGCAAAGUGAAGAAGGUCAUGUCCAUCCCCAAGGGCAACUCCGCGCUGCGCCGGGUGAUGGAGGAGACGUACUACCACCACAUCUACCACACGGUGGCCAUCGAGGGCAACACCCUCACCCUCUCGGAGAUCAGGCACAUCCUGGAGACGCGCUACGCAGUGCCGGGGAAGAGCCUGGAGGAGCAGAACAAGGUCAUCGGCGUGCACGCAGCCAUGACGUACGUCAACACGACGCUGCUGUCCCGCGUGGGCUCCGUCAGCAUCGGCGACGUGCUGGAGAUCCACCGGCGGGUGCUGGGCUACGUGGACCCCGUGGAGGCUGGCCGCUUCCGCACCAUGCAGGUCCUGGUGGGCCACCACAUCCCGCCCCCACCACAAGAGGUAGAGAAGCAGAUGCAGGAGUUCGUCCAGUGGUUCAUCUCGGAGGACGCCAUGAACCUGCACCCCGUGGAGUUUGCGGCCCUGGCCCACUACAAGCUCGUCUACAUCCACCCCUUCAUCGACCGCAACGGCAGGACCUUGCGCCUGCUCAUGAACCUCAUCCUCAUGCAGGCAGGCUACCCGCCCAUCACCAUCCGCAAGGAGCAGCGGUCCGAGUACUACCACGUGCUGGAGGUCGCCAACGAGGGCGACGUGAGGCCCUUCAUCCGCUUCAUCGCCAAGUGCACGGAGACCACCCUGGACACUCUGCUCUUCGUCACCACGGAGUACCCGGUAGCACUGCCAGAGGCCAGACCCAACCACUCUGGGUUCAAGGAGACGCUGCCGGUGAAGCCCUAACGCUAUAAAUCCCUCCUUGGUGGCAAGGGAUGUCCCAGCAGAGGGAAAAAAACUCCACAUUUCUAGAAACCUAGUCGUCUCCCAGAGCAGAAGGAGAUGGGGAAGGAACUGAAAACAUUCUUUACCUCCAAGUGUCUCUUUAAAGAAGAAAACUAAAUUAUUAAGCCUUGUCCCCAAGAUAACUUAUAACUGAGCCAAGUUAUUUAUUCUCCUUUGAGCUGGCACACGUGUGGUGUCUGCUGGUGGCCCUGGCCCUUGGGGUGGUCCCAGUGGCUUCAGGGGCAUCCAUGCUCGUAUAACUAGAACACAAGUUCUGGAGCAAAAUUUGUACUAAG